GCCAACGCUGGGACUGGGUCCUCGUGACCGGGCCGGCCACCUGUUAUCUCAGAACCACCUGAGUCAACCGAGACACUUGGAGGCUGAACAGAAGGCAGAAGCUUCACCAGCAGACUGCUGAGAGGAAACUUCUCCUGGAAGAGCCAGGAAGCCUUUGAUCUUGAAUGAUUGCAGUUCGAAGACAGGAAGCCGACUGACCGACCGACCGAUCGACCGACCGACUGACUGACAGACCGAGCGAUCGGCCGACCGGCCAACUGACAUCAUCACUGAAUCCCUGGCCUCACUCUUGGGACCUGGGAGAUUCCAGGAAGAAGUUUGAGUCCAGCAGGACCACAGGAGAUCUACUUGGACACCAGCAGCCAAGGUCCAGGUCUCCCUGGUCUCGGCCUCUGAGCACACACAUCACAACCUUACCCGUCUUCAGAGCGCCCGCCGUUCCCAUCGACGACAUGCUAGAACCCUCUGAAGACUCAUUUGAGACGAUGAUGGAGCUUAAGAAUCCAUCAUCAAAACAAAUGGAGUCCUCCGAGGGCUCAUCCAACACCGUUGAGGAGGCACCAGGCAGCAGCGCAGCGGAGGCCGAGGUGGUGGGCUCCGACAGUGGCCCAGCCCAGCAAAGCAACGAGCCACCCAGUGGCCCCCCCCAGGAAAUGCAAGAGCUUCCAACUGAUCCACUACAAGACAUGGAAGAGCCACUCAGUGGCCCACAUGAAGAAGGAGAGGCUUCACCCAAUGACCAAAAUACGGAGGAGUCAUGUGAUGGUUCACAACAGGAAGAGACGGAUUCAUUCAGUGAGGAAUCUGAAAGCAUGGAGGAUCCACCAAUCAACGUAUCUGAGACCCCGUCAGAGGAAGAUGACACUGACCUAAGUGAUGAUGAUGAUGAGGAUGAGGAUGAUGAUGAGGAUGAGGAUGAAGAGGGGGAUCAACCGGAAAAAUCUCCAGAAGAAAUCAUGGCCAUGAUGGGGUCCAUCAUAAACACGUACCUCCGAAUGCAAGACGUCCAAGAACAACAGAGAGUGGCUGAGCGCAUCGUGAUGCGAGCCAUUGAUGAAGGCCGCCUGCCCCCCAUCAGGCCCUUCUCUGGAGAUCGCAGAGAUUACCACGAGUUCAUUGUGCUCUGCCAAGUGACCCUACAGAGCUACCCAUCAAUGUUCUACAACGAUCCCCUGCGGGUCAAGUUUGUCAUGCGCCACCUGUGUGACCUGGCCUUAGACUGGGCAAACGACCUGGUGGAGCAGAACAGCCCGGUGAUACACGACUUCUCAGCCUUCCUUGAGGCCAUGUCAGAAAAGUUUGAGUACCGGAAUACACUGCGCAUGGCUGAAAAUGCCAUGUUCAACAUCAGGCAGGGCAAACGCUCCGUGGCUGAUUACAUCAAUGAGUUCCAGAGUCUGAUACCCACCUUAGGCUGGCCAGAUGAAGUCCUGCAGGCCCACCUAUGCCAGGGGCUCAAUGAAGACAUCAGGCAUUAUCUCUUCCGGAUCCCUCAGCCAGAUUCCCUGGAGAACCUGUUCGUGCUGGUCCUGCAAAUUGAAGAUAAGCUGGCAGAGAGAAGGGCUGUGCUCAGGCUGCCCCCGGAGUCCCGCCCCCGGAACAUGACCUGGAUCGACUCACCUGCCCCGGAGAAGUGGAUGGUGAGCAGCUGGCUGCCCCAUGCGUGUGACCCAGACAUUGAUCGUGACCACCUCUUCCUGCUGCUCCUGGUGAGGGUGAAUCCCUACCACAGUGUCGCGGUGCAGGCCCUGGUGGACUCAGGAGCAGAAGGGAACUACAUGGAUGAGAGGUUUGCCCAAGAGCACUACGUGGAGCUCUAUGAGAAAACGUACCCACAGACGAUCCAAACCGUGGAUGGCUCCCUGAUCGGCAAUGAACCUGUCUGGCUGUACACCGAACCUCUGCUGUGUGUCCACCAGAAACACUACGAGUCCAUCGAAUUUGACAUCGUACCUUCACCCAACUUCUCCGUGGUCUUAGGCAUGAAGUGGCUCCGAACCCACGACCCUGAAAUUGACUGGCACAGAGGCCGCUGCACCUUCCACUCUCCCUACUGCCUGAGGAAUUGCUUCCAAGCACCCCCACCAUGCAUCGCUCUGGAGAAAUACAGCUUCAGCCUGCUACCCGGAUUGCCACCAACAUACUCAGACCUGGCCGACGUGUUUAACCCGAAGGAAGAAGCAGAUGAUGAGACUUCCGACCAGCCAAGCUCAGACGGAUCCGAUGAUCUUUCUGAAUCAGAGCCCUCUGAGCUUCAGCAGGCUGGAGACAGUGAUCACAGAGACGUCUUUUUCGAGUGUCGUCCCAGAAAGGCUGCGAAACCUCUGCGUUCCAGGAUACAAGACAAAGCCAGGCAGCAAGAGGAAUACUGGGUACUGUAUGACAUGCUGACUGACAGACAGGACUACAUACAGAUGAUACCAGAACUGUUUGACCAGUUACAUGGAGCUGCAUGGUUCACAAAACUGGAGCUACUUGGGGGUGAGGUUAAGGAAGAGGAUGUGGACUACAGCUUCACGCGCACAGAAGACACAUGGAGAGCGGCAUUCGGGUUGACCAUGCACCAGAUGAGAUGCUACCGGCCCUUCACACAAAACUCCUACUCCGACGAAGCGGACAACGAAAUUCACUUUAUCCUAAAAGACAUCCUAGGUCUCUACGUGAUUUGCCACAGGAAUGAGGUCCUGGUCUACUCCAUGAGCCAAGAGGAGCACUCCCUGCAUGUCCGCCAAGUCCUGGUCCGCUUCCGCUACCACAACGUCUACUGCUCGUUAGACAAAAGCCAGUUCCACCGCCAGACCGCAGAAAUCUUGGGCUUCGUCCUGUCCCCCAAAGGGGUGAAACUGAACAAGACGCUCAUGAACCUCAUCACGGGGUGCCCUGUCCCCCUCAACAGAAGGUGCCUACAAAGCGUGAUCGAACUUGUCUACCCCUAUCGCCACUUCGUGGAGCACUUCGCCAUCAUCGCGGAGCCCCUGGUGAGGCAGCUGCUGAGCACAGAGCCCUUCUCCUGGGGGGAAGAGGAGCAGGAGGCCUUUGAGUCCCUGAAGAGGGCGUUCCGCAGGUCGCCCCUCCUCUACCACCCGAAGCCUCAGAACCCAUUCUACUUGGAGACAGGCACCAACGGGCCAUUCAUGUAUGCCUCCCUGCUCCAGACUGAUGAGGCAACUGGCAAAAAAGCUACCUGUGCUUUCUACUCACGACACCUCUCCCCAAUCGAGGUAGAGUACCCUCAAGUGGAGAUGAGGAUCCUCCCAAUCCGGGCUUCCUUCAUGGUGUGGUGCCGCUACCUGGAGAACACCGAGGAGCCCAUCAUGAUCCUUCUCAACACAGAGGAUCUAGCCUCUCUGAAUAAUGACAGGCUCACCGUACUUCUCCCCGGGCAUUGGGUCUUCUUCUUCUCUCACUUCAACUUUGAUGUUAUGGAGCUGCCUGAUCAACGUGAUGCCCGAGCCCUGUACCUUGGGAGAGGUCGAAUUCAUAGAGGCUUAAAAGGAAGCUAUAUGCGGCCACUGCUGCUCCUGGCCAUGAGGGGAGGCCACAGGGAGCCACUCUCUGAUUCCGAGGACGAGGACGAGGAGGACAGCGAAGACAGUGAAGAAGAAUCAGAACAGGAGUCACUGGAUGAGCCGAAUGGGCUGCAGGAGCUCCUGUCUGCCAUCCCAAUAAACCAGAUCCUCAACAGCCUCCUAGCCCGCUUUAGCGUGGCCCAAAUCCGAUCCGUUGUCCUACAUUUCUUCCGGGGCCUGCUCUAUUGGAAGAACGUCCUGGGGGUGGCAGUCCUCCUAGUGAUGAUGAGGGUGAGGCAGCAGCAACUCUCCCCACUGCCUGCCCCCUCUUUGGAGGUGGCCAGGCCUCAGCCCCAGCCCACGCUCCGACUCAUCCUGGACUCAACCCUUGUCGCAAGCAGUGGCAUGGCCACAGCCAUCGCCCAACUGCUCAGCCAGAUGCCCCCUGUAGCGGGUGCCAAUACCAUCCCUGCUCGAGAGCUGGCUGAGCUGUUCCUGAGCCCGAGGUGCUGGCGUCGGAAUGCCCUGCACACGCAGCCCCCACGGGGCAUACGGUUCACCCCUGGGUUCUGGUUGACCCUGUGUGAGUUCUUUGGCGUGAGAGCCAACCCCGAGGGGGACAGUUUUCCUGACCCGCACCAGCCCCGAUACCUAGAGCUGCACGUCGUUGGCGAUGAAGAUGUCGUCUUGCGAGAAGCCCUGCAAGACGACCUGCAACGUUACCGUCAGUGUGGCCUGCAUGACGGCCUGCAAGACACCUCGCAGGACGCGCAGGACAACGACGUGCAAGAAGAGGACCUGCUUGACCGAGAAGAAGCGGUCACCGUCCGCCCACGAAACCUGAUGGACCCCGAGGUCCUAGACUUCCUCAACAACCGCCUACUCUACAUCCUUGGUGCCGAUGGCCGGCUCACUCUGCUUAGCAGAGAUGAGGUGGCCCGGGCCCUCGCACGAUUCUUCACCAUGGCCUACAGAAUGGCCAACCGUUCCACAGCCAGGGAACGGGCAAGGCUGGAAGAACUGUCUGAUUCAGAUGAUGAACUUGACUAAACACACAUCAAAGUCUCUGUUGUGCUCUCCUGUGCCUCAGCCAGCUUCACUCAAAUCCAGUGCCCCCUCUUGUCACUCCUGACCCAAGGGGAACCCAUUUGUGAAGGGCCAUCACUUCAACUCAUCAACCAGCGAAAUCAUCUGUGCUAAAGGACUAGCUAACUGUCAGCGUCCCAGAGCCAGCCAAAACUGUGUAACCCUGUCCUAACUGUCCAGGCCCCAGGCCCACAGCCGGGAGUGAGAUCAAUGAGGAGAAAGCAGUGAUGAGCAAUGAUGACCCCGUGUCACCCCAGGCCGGAUGCAGGCACAGCAGGCGCAGGCAAGCAAGCAGAUGCCAGGGACCCCCCACCACCCGAGUGGCAUGCGGACGCCUGUGCAUCCUGGGACACUGACCUUGGGUGCUCCACUGACUUCUACCUCCACACCGGUGCUCCAACUUCCCUGGGCCCCGCCCCCACCCCUCCCAACCUCCCAAGGUGCCAUGCUUCCCACAACCCCAGCCCACCCUGCAAGCAAGCCCCACCCCCACUACCCAUCUGGUCCAGCUCCGUUGACACUUCAUCUGACCCUGAACUCUGAUCUUACCUGGGCAGAGCUGUGCUCCACGGAGCAUCCGACGUACCAGUGUGACUUACCUGAUGGACUUGCCUGCCCUAAGGGUCCCCUGAGAAUCAGGGGACAUCACAAAGGGUGGUAGCACCAAAUGGGGCUCCCUUUCCCUCCCCAAACUGAAAUGUGGACAGUGCAGGGGACAGAGACCUCACAUAAAGGAGGGAGCCCCCAAGAGACAUGGGCAAAGUCCUAGAAGUCCAGCCGACUGGGCCAAGGAGCCAAGAGUGCUCUGACCAGACCACAGCUUUCUGCCACGGGAAGGAAAUCCUUCCCAUACUUUCCCAGCCCACACCUGCUUUUGCUGUACAAAUAAAGAAAAUAAAAGAUCAUCUGACUUUGUGGUUUGUUCUAAAAGGGAAGAGGUGAAUAGAAGGAGACAGGUUUGGGGAACAAUGAGCGUGGGGGCAGGAAGGAUGGAGGGUGUAGAGAGGGUUGGGGUGGGAAAGUUCAAGGGUGGAAAGGAAGGGAAUGGGAGGGCUGGACUCUCGGCUGAAACAGCCCAUGGAGACACACAGCAACAGGCCUCCCUUCUUUUCCCAAAGAGAGGGAAGCCACUUCACUCUGGCCACCUCAGGCUCUUUCCAAGGGGAACUACACAUGGGAAAUGGACACAGGGUUCAUAGGGCAGAGAGGGUGCCCAGAAAUCCUUGUCCUCACCUGGUCUCAGCCUUCUAGUCACAUGAGAAGCAAAAAAUGGCCAAAAUGUGCUCAAUGCCCCCAGCUACGGAGGGUGGGCAGGGACUGCUUUGAAACCAUUCCUACAGUUGCCGCCCCCCCCCCCCUCAGAAGGCCUGAAUCCUUGCCUUAAAAAUGUUUAUCCUGAGAGCACGUUGCUCUGGGGAGGUGGGAGGGACUUCUGAGGGAGUAGGGAAAUAGGGGAAAUAGCCCUUACUCAGUUUAUAGCCCUACCCAGGAACAACCCCCCCCCCACAGGAAGUCUGCGAAAAGGCUAGGGGUACAAAACCAAGGACCCCUCCCAGUGUGACCUCUAUGACAUUAUGGAGAUACAAUGCACAGGUGCCUCCCAAAGAGAUACUAGCUCUGCCUUUACAUCCUGCCUGAAACCUGUCCCUGAGUUAUCCUGAUAAUGUGUCAAGGCCCUGAAUACCCAGCAUGAUGUGACAAACUCCCUCACGGCUUUGAGCUCCCCACCUGUAGCAGCAGAGUUGGGCUUGGGUCCCAGAGAAACACUCCUGAGGUCCCAAGAUCGUAUCCCUCCAUGCUCUCUCCAGCCCACACCGGGAUAACUGUACCCUGAUGGGCCUAAAGAGGCAACUGGCUGCUGCCUAGUCUCCUUAACAAGUACUCUACCCCUGACGGUACCACCAUGAGAUCAUGGGCAGGAUCCCAGGCUUAAGGUCAGGGGCUCAGCCUCAUCUCAGCACUUCCUCUUGCUCUAAGGAAGUCCCCACAUGUAGCAGCAGAGUUGGGCUUGGGUCCCAGAGAGACACUCCUGAGGUCCCAAGAUCGUAUCCCUCCAUGCUCUCUCCAGCCCACACCAGGAUAACUGUACCCUUAUGUGGCUAAAGAGGCAACUGGCUGCUGCCUAGUCUCCUUAACAAGUACUCUACCCCUGACGGUACCACCAUGAGAUCAUGGGCAGGAUCCCAGGCUUAAGGUCAGGGGCUCAGCCUCAUCUCAGCAUUUCCUCUGGCUCAUAAGAAAGUUCCCAAUGGCCUCCAAUAAGCUCCUGAAUACAGGACAACCUCUCCUACCAUGCAGAACAUAGGGGGCCUUCUAUAAGAUUUCAAAAGGAUCACAAAGUUGAGAGCAACCAACACAGAGUUUCUACCCUCCAU